ACGGUUUCUUAUGAUAAAGAAAACCAAGGAUUGAUUUGCGCCAAAGAACACUUGGAAUUUUUGUACCUACAAUUUGAACUGGGUUGAGUGGGUAGUUGUUCUUUGGAGAAUUGCUUUUAACCAGAAAGCAACUUUUGCUCCCGCUUUCUAUUUUGGGCUAUAUGUUCGUUUUUGGUAUAUUGCAAAGAUAGAAAGGUGGCUUUUGUUUGUUUCUGCUUCAAGUGAUUACAAUGAGGGGUGUUUUUGCUAUUGUGUUCUUCAUAUUCUGUAACCUUCUGCUACUUGCUUGUUAUUCUUCGUCGCAUCCGUUGUGUACUAAUAUGAGGUCACCCUUCAAGCCAAAGACCCCACUUUCGUUCUGUCAAUACAAUGAAAGUGUUUGCUGUAAUUCCACUGAUGAUAUGAAAUUGCAAAAUCUAUUUAAGGCUAUGAAUGUUUCUGAUCUCAGUUGUGCUUCUCUUCUGAAAUCUAUACUUUGCUCGAGAUGUGAUCAGUUUUCCGCAGAUCUAUACAGAACGGAAUCAGUGCCUCGUGAAGUUCCUGUUCUCUGCAACUCAACUGUUUCAUCAAACUCAACCCAAUAUCAACACAGUGGAGCUGACUUUUGUACCAAGGUUUGGGAUGAAUGCCAAAAUGUAUCUGUAUUGAGUUCUCCAUUUGCAUUGCAAGGUAGAGGUGGAACACCAUUUAAUUCUACUUCCAAGCUGAGUGAUAUAUGGCAGUCAAAAAGUGCUUUCUGUGAUACAUUUGGUGGAUCUUCUGAUGGGGAAUUGGUCUGUUUUGAUGGUGGACCUGUGUUGCUGAACAACACUGAAAUUCCAAGUCCCCCAAGUGGCAUGUGCCUUGAAAAAAUUGGAAAUGGAUCUUAUCUUAACAUGGUACCUCAUCCAGAUGGGUCUAAUCGCGUGUUCUUAUCUGAUCAACCGGGGAAAGUAUGGCUGGCAACUGUUCCUGAGGAGAGAUCAGGAGAAACGUUGGUGAUUGAUGAUUCAAAUCCGUUUCUUGAUCUUACUGAUCAAGUGUAUGCUGACACUGAGUUUGGAAUGAUGGGAUUAGCAUUCCAUCCUAAUUAUCUACAGAAUGGCCGUUUCUUUGCUUCAUUUAACUGUGAUAAGGUUAGAUGGCCAGAAUGUUCAGGAAGAUGUUCAUGCAACUCAUAUGUGGGAUGUGAUCCUUCCAAGCUUGGUUCUGAUAAUGGUGCUCAGCCAUGUCAAUAUCACAGUAUCAUAGCAGAGUUCACUGCUAAUGGUACCGCAUCACAACCUUCUUCGGUCACUAAUGUUAAACCAUUGGAAGUCAGAAGAAUUUUCACUAUGGGACUUCCAUUUACUUCCCAUCAUGGAGGUCAAAUUCUUUUUGGACCCAAAGACGGGUAUUUGUACUUCAUGAUGGGAGAUGGUGGUAGCGUAGGUGACCCUUACAAUUUUUCACAAAACAAGAAAUCCUUGCUUGGAAAGAUUAUGAGGCUCGACAUAGACUACUUACCAAGUGCAUUCUCAAUUAGUGAUCUUGGCCUAUGGGGAAACUAUUCUGUUCCUGGAGAUAAUCCGUUUUCUGAAGAUAAGGAGUUGCAGCCUGAAAUUUGGGCUCUAGGAUUUAGAAAUCCUUGGCGAUGUAGUUUUGAUCUUGAAAGACCUUCCUACUUCCUUUGUGCUGAUGUUGGUCAGGACAAAUAUGAGGAGGUUGAUAUAGUCACCAAGGGUGGAAACUACGGAUGGCGUGCAUAUGAGGGUGCUUUUCCAUACCAUCCCCCAAAGUCUCCAGGAGGAAAUACAUCUACGAGUUCUAUCAACCCGAUUUUCCCUGUAAUGGGAUACAACCACUCUGAUGUCAACAAGGCUGAAGGUUCUGCAUCAAUCACUGGUGGCUACUUUUACCGGUCCAUGACAGAUCCAUGCAUGUAUGGAAGAUAUCUUUAUGCGGAUUUGUAUGCUGGUCACAUAUGGGCAGGUACAGAAACUCCUGAAGAUAGCGGAAACUUCACAAGUACUAUAGUUCCGGUCAGUUGUGCUCUGGACUCUCCUAUCCAGUGCAGUGCUGAGGCAGGAAGCUCUGUUCCUGCAUUGGGGUUCAUAUUCUCCUUUGGUCAGGAUAACAGGAAAGACAUGUUUAUCUUAGCCAGUACCGGUGUAUAUAGAGUUGCUAGGCCUAGUCGGUGCAACUACACUUGCUCCAAAGAAAAUGCUUCAUCUUUUUCCCAUCCAGGUUCUGUUCCUUCUCCUUCUCCCUCCACUUCAAGCACUAGGAAGUUGAACAACCCAGUAGUAGCGGAGCUGUUGCUCUUUUACUGUUUAAUGUUUUUUGGUUUUUAAAUUAUCGAAGUGGACAAUUGUUCUUGAAAAGAAAGAAAGGUUUCUGUUUCCUUGAUUCUGAUUUGAUAUGUUUGCAAAUAUUAACAAUAAAUCAAUUGUGUUCACAUUUUCUGGAAAUAAAUGGGGUUACAAGAGAUGACAUAGAAUAUAAUUCUUAUAUAACCAAGUCAUGAAAUGGUGCCUAAGCUUCAUCCUAGUAAGGUCCAUGCCUAUAGAUGUUUGCUUUACCUCCGCUUCCAUGUUUCAUGUCUGUGUCAGGUGAAGACCUCCCAAUCUUUUUGUUAACUCAUGUUCAAGAUCGAUCCUCAUUUUCUGGUUGAUCGAUACUACAUUGGAGCCAUUUCUGUCCAUCACUGUCUCUGUUGUCCUUGUGUAAGCAGUAGAGGCACUGCCCUUGAUGCAGAACAGAUGGCAACUAAAUUUGAAGAGCAGUUAGAUCGUGUUAAAGGAGGAAAACGAAAAGUGACUAGUAGACGCGAAACAGCUUCUCGGAGUCCGAUUGGGACGCACCAUACCUUUCCGGAAAGGGAAUCGCGCCAGAAAUCAAACUCGUUGCUUUGCCACGACGUGUGACCUUUUUCGGGCUUUCGGGGUCAUUUAGGGCCUCAAAAAUGCGUUUUUCUAUUUUUACCCGUUUUGGUUU